CCGAUGAUUAUUUGUCUUAUUGACAUGGCCUAAGAGACAGAACCUUCUCUGAAAUCAGUGUGUGUGUUAGCGCUACAGCAUGGAUGCUCACAAAGCGACUCUGCUUCUCGGGUUUUUCCUUUAUGCAGGUGUCCUUCAAGUCCAGACCGAGAACGCAGAUAUAGAUUCGUACCUCAAAACCGACGGCGCUUGGAUUUACACGCUGCAGAGAAGAACGUACGUUACAGCCAAGGUGGAGGAAUGUGCACAAAAGUGUGAUGAAGAAACACAGUUCACAUGCAGGUCUUUCGUAUUCAUCGAGAAAGAUCAGGAAUGUAUGACGAUACCAGCUAACUCGAAGAUAGAGCAGGUGUAUCGGAAAGCGAGUACAGCUCUGUAUGAGAAGAAACGUUAUUUACUUGAAUGUGUGAACGGCGUCGGGAAUGACUACAGAGGAACACAGAGCAGGACAAAAUCAGGAACACAGUGCCAGCGCUGGGAAGCUUUGUUCCCUCACAAGCCGAACAUCACGCCCAAAACGCAUCCGAAAGCUGACCUGGAGUCCAAUUACUGCCGAAACCCAGACGGAGACGCUCAGGGCCCCUGGUGCUACACCACGGAUGUGAAUAAGAGAUGGGAGUCCUGUUCCAUCCCGAGCUGCAGUGAGGAAUGCAUGUACUGUAGUGGAGAAAACUACAGAGGGAAGAUUUCCACCACCGAGGGAGGAUACACCUGUCAACGGUGGGACUCACAGAAACCCAAUAACCAUGGAUACAAUCCCAGCGUUUUUCCUGAGAAGUACUUGGAGGAGAACUACUGCAGAAAUCCAGAUGGAGAACCUAGACCUUGGUGUUUCACCACAAGUCCAGCCAAACGCUGGGAUUUCUGUUCAAUCCCUCGCUGCGCGACCCAGCCUCCAACCAUCGCACCAGAGGUCACCUGUAUUACAGGAGAUGGGAGCUCGUACAGAGGCACUGUCGCUGUGACCAAAUCAGGGAAAACUUGUCAGGCAUGGUCAUCUCAGUUUCCUCAGAAGCAUUCAAGAACACCAGAGAACUACCCGUGCAAAGGUCUGGAUAACAACUACUGCAGAAACCCUGACAACGAGAGGACCCCCUGGUGUUACACCACAGACCCAGAUACCCGCUGGGAAUACUGCAAUAUAUCGAGCUGUGGUGCCGAGCCACACCCAGACGAGCCGGUUAUUGCUCCAGCUGAGGACUGUUACACAGGAAACGGCAGUUUGUACCGUGGGGUCAUGUCAGAGACCAUCACUGGGAAGAAGUGUCAGUCCUGGAGCUCUACAAACCCUCAUAAACAUUCAAAGACACCACAGCAAUACCCCAAUGCAGACUUGAGAAGGAACCUGUGCAGGAACCCUGAUGGUGACAGGGCUCCAUGGUGCUACACCACUGACCCCGCUGUACGCUGGGAGUACUGUAAGAUAGAGCGCUGUGGUAGCAUUCCUCCCCCUCAGGAUGUGCGUCCUCCCCCUGUUGUCAUACCACAGCCUCUUCCUCCUUCAAAAGACACAGAAAAAGAAAAUGAAAAUUGCAAACUUGGCGUCGGAGAGGAUUAUCGAGGUUCGAUAUCGAUUACUUCAACAGGAAUCACCUGCCAAGCGUGGAGUGCCUCAACCCCCCACAUGAGCAACUUUAAUGAAAAAUCACACCCCGGAAAGGGUCUGGAUUCUAACAAUUGCAGAAACCCUGACGGUGACACAAACGGACCUUGGUGUUACACGACGGAUCCGUCAAAGAAAUGGGACUACUGUAACAUUCCAGACUGUGUACAAGGGAAAUGCGGUCAGCCGGCUGUGAAACCCAGACGCUGCUUCGGCCGGAUCGUCGGAGGAUGCACCUCUAAACCUCACUCUUGGCCUUGGCAGAUCAGUCUCCGGACCAACACUGACCUGCACUUCUGUGGAGGAACUUUAAUCGAUGCUCAGUGGGUCCUUACAGCAGCUCACUGCCUCGAACGAUCUAGCAGACCAUCUGCCUACAAAGUGUACUUAGGAAUCCAUACAGAACGUGCAAAUGAGUUGUCCAAACAGGUCCGAAACCUGGAGAAAAUUGUAAAGGGGCCUCCGGGAACAGAUAUUGCUUUACUCAAGCUGGACAGGCCAGCGAUUCUAAAUGAUAAAGUGUCUAAGGUGUGUUUGCCUGAGAAAAACUACAUCGUACCCAGUGGGACAGAGUGCUAUGUUACAGGCUGGGGAGAAACCCAAGGAACGGGUGGAGAAGGCAUUCUGAAGGAGACGGGUUUCCCAGUUAUUGAAAACAAAGUGUGUAACCGUCUGGAAUACCUGAACAACCGAGUGAAGGACCACGAGAUGUGCGCAGGAAACAUAGAGGGAGGAACGGACAGCUGUCAGGGUGACAGUGGUGGUCCUCUUGUAUGCUUUGGUCAGAACACCUUCGUUCUUCAGGGAGUGACAUCGUGGGGUCUCGGCUGUGCCAACGCCAUGAAGCCCGGUGUGUACGCUCGCGUCUCCAAGUUCAUUGACUUUAUCGAAACCCACACAGGCGUCAAAUUCUGAAAUGCAGAUGAAAACUUCGUAGCUAAAUUAACGGUUCUUUGAUUUGGAACUCUUUAAACCCUCAGCAAAAAACAUAGUUGAUUUAAUUUUGUGUCUAAUUUUAACAGAUGACAAUCUAUAUGUAUUCACACAUUAAAGAAAAGGAAACUUGGA